UCUACAUAACCCGGAUGACGCUGAGCUUCCGGGGUCUGUAGCUGGAGCGCCGGAGGAAGAGCAGGAUCAGCUGAACUACAGAAGAAAUGAAAAUGUUCUCCUAAAAUUCAUCACCAACAAAAAGGAUAUUUAACUAAGAGGAAUGUUAAACUGCUGAAAGAGGUGAAGCACAAGCCAUCCUGAAGAAUCUCCAGAACACGCAGAAAUUGUUUGAUACAUUUAAAAGACAAAUGAAGCCAAGUCCCAACAUGGAGAAACAGCAGAACUUUGUCAAGAGUUUUACUAAACAGAGUAAUCUCAAAAAACACCAGCGCAUUCACACAGGAGAGAAACUGUAUCACUGCUCAGACUGUGGGAAGAUUUUUACUAAACAAAGUGAUCUCAAAAUACAUCAGCGCAUUCACACAGGAGAGAAACCGUAUCACUGCUCAGACUGUGGGAAGAGUUUUAAUCAAGGCAGUCAUCUCCAACAACACCAGCGCAUUCACACAGGAGAGAAACCGUAUCACUGCUCAGACUGUGGGAAGAGAUUUACUGAACAGAGUACUCUCAAACGACACCAGCGCAUUCACACAGGAGAGAAACCGUAUCACUGCUCAGACUGUGGGAAGAGAUUUACUGAACAGAGUACUCUCAAACGACACCAGCGCAUUCACACAGGAGAGAAACCGUAUUACUGCACAGACUGUGGGAAGAGUUUUAAUAGACUGGAGACUCUAAAACUGCACCAGCGCAUUCACACAGGAGAGAAACCGUAUUACUGCUCAGACUGUGGGAAAAGUUUUAAUCAACAGAGUACUUUCCAAAUACAUCAGCACAUUCACACAGGAGAGAAACCGUAUUACUGCUCAGACUGUGGGAGGAAUUUUAAUCAUCAGAGUAAUCUCAAAAAACACCGGCGCAUUCACACAGGAGAGAAACCGCAUCAUUGCUCAGACUGUGGGAAGAGUUUUACUACACAGAGUAAACUCAAAAAUCACCAGCGCAUUCAUACAGGGGAAAAACCAUAUUACUGCUCAGACUGUGGGAAGAGUUUUAAUCAACAGAAUCAUUUCAAAACACACCAGCGCAUUCACACAGGGGAGAAACCGUAUCACUGCUCAGACUGUGGGAAGAGUUUUAAUACACAGAGUGAUCUCAAAAUACAUCAGCGCAUUCACACAGGAGAGAAACCGUAUCACUGCUCAGACUGUGGGAAGAGUUUUAAUCAAGGCAGUCAUCUCCAACAACACCAGCGCAUUCACACAGGAGAGAAACCGUAUCACUGCUCAGACUGUGGGAAGAGAUUUACUGAACAGAGUACUCUCAAACGACACCAGCGCAUUCACACAGGAGAGAAACCGUAUUACUGCUCAGACUGUGGGAAGAGUUUUAAUCAACAGAAUCAUUUCAAAACACACCAGCGCAUUCACACAGGGGAGAAACCGUAUCACUGCUCAGACUGUGGGAAGAGUUUUAAUACACAGAGUGAUCUCAAAAUACAUCAGCGCAUUCACACAGGAGAGAAACCGUAUCACUGCUCAGACUGUGGGAAGAGUUUUAAUCAAGGCAGUCAUCUCCAACAACACCAGCGCAUUCACACAGGAGAGAAACCGUAUCACUGCUCAGACUGUGGGAAGAGAUUUACUGAACAGAGUACUCUCAAACGACACCAGCGCAUUCACACAGGAGAGAAACCGUAUUACUGCACAGACUGUGGGAAGAGUUUUAAUACACAGAGUGAUCUCAAACGACACCAGCGAAUUCACACAGGAGAGAAAACUAUCCCACAUUUGUCCCACAGCAAUUAAAAGUGCAAAUCGUAAAUCUUUCAGACAGAACACCUUAUCCUACACAAAUGUUUCACUCUGUUACUUGGGACACGUUCCACCAAAAACAAACAUGAACUAAAUUUAAUCAUGGAUUUUACAGGUUCAGCAAAAUGAAUCUUAACCAGGGAUGAUGUUUAUUGAAUUCCAUGUUGUGUUUUCUCGUAUGUUUAAUAUUCCAGGACAUUCUUUGUGAGACAGAGUUCAGUUCUGAAGAAGGAGAGGUAUUUUGGGUUUGAGUGAUGGACACUGAGAGCUCCCAAAAGUGAGACCCAGAGCCACAGAGAGACGACACUGUUCCGGGUACUGCCGUGUGGACCGGAGGAGCAUCCAGACCCUGCAGAGAGGCCAACAAAAUCCUUUCCAGAGGUUAAAUAAAAUGGUCAGCUGUAGUUCCCAUACUGAAAUCAACCUCCUCCAGGCUUGUGUAGUGCAGUAAGGUUGCAGGCUCAUUCACUCCCUCUGAUGGUGUUCUCGUUUGUCUAUGGUUCAGUCGUUCUGAUUAAAAAUCUGUUACCAUAGAGAGAUAUAGAUGGAUAUUUGGUCGUUGUAUUACUCAAGUUUUAUACUCGCUUAUCUUUUUCUUAUUGAAUAUUAUAUGUUGCUGAAGUUUUUUAAAUCUACAAAUUUACUAAGAAUAUCCAAAUCAUGUGGUUUUUAAUUGUUUUUAUCCACUGCAAACUAUUAUCUUUGUAUGGCUUAACCUCUAUAUUUACUCAUCUGUUUGUUUUAAUAAACGGCUUUUAGAUUGCA